UCUUUCAUCUCCAGCAUUUUGCAUCAUCAUUCAUCAUCAAUCGUCAACCAUAUCCAUUACAAUUUCCGAAACUCAAUCGAAUUUCCGAAUUAAAAUCGAAAUUCAGAAUCUACAAAAAAAACCUCAACAUCUCUUUCAUGAAUUAGGGGAAACGAAACCCUCGAUACAUCGCCCCCCACGUAUUCCCUACAAAAAUGUCAACUACAACUGCGGCAAUUACCGGGAACUCGCCGAUGAAUUCUCCAAGCCGAUCUUCCGAUGACAUCAUCGAUACGACGCCCUUGCUUAGUCAGGGUAACGGAGGGUCCUAUGAGGAGACAACGAGCAACGUCAAUUCCAACAGCCGCAGACCACCCAUCCGGCGCCAGGGACUUCAAGAGGCCGCUCGAUUCCUGCGUCGGGCUACUAACCGCCGCUUGAUGCGGGAGCCCUCGAUGAUGGUGCGUGAGACCGCCACAGAGCAGCUUGAGGAGCGCCAGAGCGAUUGGGCCUACUCGAAACCCGUGGUGGUGCUCGACGUUAUAUGGAACCUAGCCUUCGUGGCAGUGGCCGUCUCGAUUCUCUUCCUCAGCCGAUACGAGAAUCCAGAUAUGCCACUGAGGCUAUGGAUUGUUGGGUAUGGCCUGCAAUGUCUGCUGCAUAUGGUUUGUGUCGUGAUUGAGUUUCGGAGGAGAAGGAGAAGGCAGAUGAUGCUGAGUUCGGGGUUUAGUGUUGCGGAUGAUGGAAAUGGGAGCAGUGGUAAUUCGAGCUCUGGGUCGAGAAGGGGCUCCCAACAAUACGUGACAUUGGCACAAUUUGAGGAAGAGGGUACAAGUGUGGCAAAGCAUCUGGAAUCUGCAAAUACGAUGUUUUCUUUUAUCUGGUGGAUCAUUGGGUUCUACUGGGUGUCCGCUGGUGGCCAAGCUUUGGCACGUGAAUCCCCUCAGCUCUACUGGCUAUGUAUAAUUUUUCUUGGUUUUGAUGUGUUCUUUGUUGUUUUCUGCGUUGCACUGGCAUGUGUUAUCGGCAUUGCUGUUUGCUGUUGUCUUCCGUGUAUUAUUGCAAUCUUGUAUGCAGUGGCAGACCAGCAGGAAGGAGCAUCUAAAGAAGAUAUUGACAUGCUGUCAAAAUAUAAGUUUCGAAGGCUUGGUGAUGAUGAGAAACUUACUGGUGAUGGACGAGGAACUAUUGGAGGAAUAAUGACUGAAUGUGGCACAGAUGCACCCUUUGAACGUACUCUUUCCCCAGAAGAUGCGGAGUGUUGCAUUUGCCUUUCGGCAUAUGAUGAUGGAGUUGAGCUAAGGGAACUUCCUUGUCGUCAUCAUUUCCACUGUGCCUGUGUAGAUAAGUGGCUCUAUCUUAAUGCUACAUGUCCUCUCUGCAAGUACAAUAUAUUAAAGAGUACUAGCCAAGACAGGGAAGAAGUAUAGAAGUAUUGCAAAUCGUUAUGACAAGUCCUCUAACCGGACUCCACAUCCUGUUUUGGCCCGACUCCAGAUAUGGUCCCGAUUUCACGUUGUUGUUGUGGUUGAAGUAACGUAUUCUGUAGCUAUGAUGGUGGUAGUGUUUCUUUGCACUUCUUUUGUCUUGCUUCCAGAAUCACCUGGUAUUGAUACACCUUGGUCAUCUCGAAGUUCAUGUACCAAAUUUCCCCUUACUCUUAUCUCUCGUCUUGGUUACUUCACCCCAAUUUACAGUUAUAGUAUGCUUUUAGGCAGUUCUUUCGUAUAGAAGUUAUAGUUAGAGAUUUACUUCACCCUGUAUCAAUUCGAAUAAAGUGUUUUCAUCAUGAAGGUUGUUGGAUUGUUUGUUAUUAUUUCCUUUUCGAGUUUGUAAUUUUUCGUGAGGUUAAUGAGGUUGCCUUCUCUGUAAAGGAAGAUUAGA